AUGAAAUUGGUUGCUGCGUUCAGUCUGCUCGCUGCAGUCGAGGGUGCAUCCUUCUCACAUCUGCAAGAUGCUGUUCAAUCCGUUCUAUCCAAUGAAGCCCAUUCCACGCGACAGCCUAAUAUUCUCUUUGUGAUCACCGAUGACCAAGAUUUGGAGCUUGACUCGAUCAAUUAUACACCGCAUAUCACGAAACAUAUUCGCGACCGGGGAACCUUUUUCCGCAAUCAUUUUGUUACAACUGCUCUAUGCUGUCCGUCACGUGUGAGCUUGUGGACCGGUCGCCAGGCGCAUAAUACCAAUGUGACCGAUGUCAAUCCGCCUUAUGGUGGAUAUCCGAAAUUUGUUGAACGCGGCUUCAACGAUGACUUUCUCCCGGUUUGGCUUCAAAACGCCGGCUAUGACACUUACUACACGGGCAAAAUGUUCAAUUCGCACACAAUCGACAAUUAUCACAGCCCUCACAUCAACGGCUUCAAUGGCUCAGACUUCCUGCUUGAUCCGUACACCUACUCCUACCUUAAUUCCACAUACCAACGAAACCACGAGCCACCAGUCAGCCACGAAGGCGAACACACAAUCGAUGUGAUCACCGGAAAAGCACUAGGCUUCCUAGAUGACGCAGUAGACGGCGAAAGACCCUUCUUCCUCGCGGUAUCGCCGGUGGCGCCGCACUCCAAUGUCGACCCGAAUGCAAUUUCUUCAGGGAAGGUCGUCAUGUCUGAGCCAAUCCCAUUGGAACGCCACCAACAUCUCUUUGAGAAUGUCACAGUUCCCCGUACAGCAAAUUUCAAUCCAGAACAGCCAAGCGGGGUUAGCUGGGUGCGCGAUCUGCCUCAGCAGAACCAAUCAGUCGUCGAGUAUAAUGAUCAUUUCUAUCGCUCUCGCUUACGCGCUCUGCAGGGCGUGGAUGAGCUGGUUGAUUCGCUUGUAACAAGACUCGAGGAGAGUGGUCAGCUAGAUAAUACUUAUAUUAUCUAUACCUCUGAUAAUGGCUUUCAUAUCGGUCAACACCGAUUGCCGCCCGGGAAGACUUGCGGGUAUGAAGAAGAUAUUCGUGUGCCGCUGUUCAUUCGUGGACCUGGUGUGCCUCAGGGUCAGGUGCAGGAUGCAGUGACUACCCAUGUCGACUUGGCACCUACAUUCUUCCAUCUUGCGGGUAUUCCGGCCCGAAAGGACUUUGAUGGGUCUGCAAUUCCUAUCACGCCUGAUUUUGAUGCAGAGAGACAUGAACAUGUUACUGUGGAAUAUUGGGGCAGUGCAGUCGUGGAGGGCAUCUUCAGUGGAAUCGGUCCGGAUGGUUCAAGCAAGAUUCCAAACAACACGUACAAAUCAGUUCGCCUUCUAGGAGAAGGAUAUAACCUGUACUACUCAGUCUGGUGCAACAAUGAACAUGAACUAUAUGACCUGUCGACCGAUCCUUACCAGCUACACAACCUGUAUCCAGGUGCUACCCAGUCCGCUGGAGAUGAUCAAAUCCUCGGUCGCAGCAUCAGCCAAGCCGUCACCCGGCUAGAUGCUCUUCUGAUGGUGCUCAAGUCCUGCCAAGGAGUCACCUGCAUCCAACCCUGGAAUGUUCUCCAACCGCAAGAUUCGGUUAGUACUCUUUCUGAUGCUUUACAUAAGAAGUACGAUGAAUUCUAUGAUGCCCAGCCUCAAGUUUCAUUUGACUGGUGCGCUGAUGGGUAUAUUAUCGAAGCGGAAGGAGAGCAGGUGCCGUUGGUUAGUCGGUACGGUGUGUCUUGGGAUGUGUGGGUCUAA